AUGGCCGGAAAUUUAUUCAGACUUAGACCUGGCUUGGCUAGUCGCUGCAUGAGUAGAGAUUGGAGCAAAUUAUGGAGAGGAAAUUGCAGCCAAGUUGAAAAACAGUCUAAGAUUACAACCCACUACUCCAUAAUCCCACGAAACACAGAUAAAAGAUGGAAAGAGAUUGACAUGGAGCGUGUUGCUGAUGAAGCUGAUGUUGUUAUUGUCGGUGCUGGACCAGCUGGUCUAACUACGGCUAUAAAACUGAAGCAGUUAGCUGAUCAGAAUGGAAAGGAAUUAAGAGUAUGCGUCGUUGAAAAAGCUUCAGAAAUUGGUGCACAUACUUUAUCGGGAGCUUGCUUAGAACCACGUGCUCUUGAUGAAUUAUUCCCUGAUUGGAAGCAGAUGAAUGCACCUUUGCACACACCUGUAAAGGAAGAUCAUUUCGCUUUUUUAACCAAGCAAGGUCGCUUCUCGAUACCUGUUAUCCCUGGUACCCCAAUCUAUAAUCACGGCAAUUACAUUGUCCGCUUAGGAAAUUUCGUUCGAUGGUUAGGAGAACAAGCUGAAGAACUAGGAGUUGAAAUUUAUCCAGGAUAUGCAGCUAGUGAGGUAUUAUAUCAUAGUGACGGCAGCGUUAAAGGGAUUGCUACUAACGAUGUAGGAAUACAGAAAGAUGGAGCACCCAAACCCACGUUUGAACGGGGAAUGGAACUACACGCAAAAUUAACAGUAUUUGCUGAAGGAUGUCAUGGUCACCUUGCUAAAAUGCUUAUGAAACAGUUCGACCUUCGUAGAGAUUGUCAGCACCAAACUUAUGGAAUAGGUAUAAAAGAGCUAUGGGAAGUAAAUCCAGAAAAAUGGCGACCUGGCAGGAUUGAGCAUACAUUUGGAUGGCCGCUGGAUCGAUCUGUUUAUGGUGGAUCAUUUUUAUACCAUUUAAAUGAAGGUUCGCCUAUGAUUGCUGUUGGCUUUGUGGUUGGUCUCGAUUACAGUAAUCCGUAUCUAAGCCCUUUUCAGGAGUUUCAGAGAUUUAAGCAACACCCAACUGUGAGACCCAUAUUUGAAGGUGGGAAACGUAUUGCCUAUGGAGCGCGUGCUUUAAAUGAGGGUGGCGUACAGUCAGUUCCAAAGUUAACGUUUCCAGGGGGCCUUUUAAUUGGGUGCAGUUCUGGUUUCAUGAAUGUACCGAAGUUAAAAGGAACUCAUACCGCUAUGAAGAGUGGUAUAAUUGCUGCCGAAUGUGCUUUUGAUGCUAUUGCCAACGAUAUGGCUUCUUCAGAUACAGGGAUUGAAAUAGAUUCAUAUGAAACACGCUUUAAAGAGAGUUGGGCUUGGAAGGAACUUUAUGCAGUUCGUAAUAUUCGACCUUCAUGCCAUACAUUUUUAGGAAUGUAUGGAGGAAUCUUCGCAGGUGCUUUAAAUUUUAUUUCCAAGGGAUAUGAACCGUGGACACUGAAACAUAAAACACCUGACCAUGUAUCAUUAAAGCCAAGUAGCGAGUGCAAGAAAAUUGAGUAUCCUAAGCCAGAUAAUGAGGUCAGUUUCGAUCUGCUUUCAUCUGUUGCCUUAAGUGGAACGAAUCAUGAGCAUGACCAACCAGCUCAUUUAACGCUUCGAAAUGAUGACGUCCCCGUCAGUCAUAACUUAACUAUUUUCGAUGGCCCUGAACAACGUUUCUGUCCUGCUGGUGUUUAUGAAUUUGUUCAAAAUGAAGACGGAGGUAGCCGUUUACAAAUUAAUGCUCAGAAUUGCGUUCAUUGUAAAACCUGUGAUAUCAAAGAUCCUAGUCAAAAUAUUAACUGGGUUGUGCCUGAAAAUGGUGGCGGUCCAGCUUAUAAUGGCAUGUGA